CGUGUUUUUUAUAAUCCGAGAGAAAAGUAGUGCGGUUUUGAAACUAAAAAAUUCAAAUUUGGAAAAGGGGAAGGAUCGCUCAAGAAUCAACACGUGUUAAUUCUUGCGUUUCCCCUUUUUGGAGUGAGUGACCUUCCCCUCUGCCGAGCCGAUAAAUCUGAAGAAACCGGCCUGUAGCAUCAUCUUUUUCUUUCGCGGUGCAAAAGCAAAGUCUCAGUCGCUGGUUGUGUUUGGUGAGAAGAUGUUGCACUCGCGGGUGUAGAGGAAUUUCCAGCAAAAAAGUACAAGGAAAGAGGGAUUAUUAUUCUGUGAUUGUGUUUUUCGCCUUCGCUGCCAGCACCGCCGAUGCAUGAGAUUAUGGCUCGAUGCGUAGCGGUGCCCACGCCUUGGCUCCUCCAGCAUGGCAGACGGCUGUGACAGCGACCCCGACAAGAAGAGCACCAGUGCGUCCGCGGAGAGCAAGCGAGGAGAAGCUCCGCUCUGCAAGAGCGAAGCCAACAUCGUCCUGCACGUGCCCAGGUCGCCCGAAGAGCACCUUUCGGACGCCCCCGUGCCGGCGCCCAGGACCAAGUUGAACAACAAAGUGCCCACCCUGCUGGUCCUUUUUCCUCCCGAGGGAAUCAAAAAGGGCCAUUCGAGGGAGGAGGAGAAAGCGUCGGAGAAAUCUGUGGACCGGAAAAACAUUUUCAUCGAACCAACGGUCGAAGAGCUCAAGUUGGGAAAGGACUUGGCCUCUUUGGCGCACCCGACGGCCCCAAGAGUUCCCGCCCCUCUGGGGUCCAUCAAAAGUCCACCACCGACGGUGCGCGGCCCAAAAGGGGUCAACCACCCCCAGUUAAGCGAGUUGCUGAAGAGCUGCAAGGCCAAGUACAAGGUCGUUUUCCAAAAGAAACAACCCAGUCCGCCACGCAUCACUCAAGAAGAGGAGGAUAAAAACGACGCAAAUAGGUCCGAGUCGGGAAGCUCGAGCAGUCGAUCUUCCUCAGACAAUCCGGACGCGUACGCCGACCUGGUGCAGGAACUCGCGCGCCACGAAAAAGCUGUUCGGCAGCUGCGCGAGAUGCCUGUCCACGAGACGGCCUUCCUGACGGCAAACUCGCCGCAACCGGCGCCCACCAAGGGCUACGACACGACGGACGACGAGCUGGACGGCAUCCUCAGGAACAAGCAGCGCCACGAGCACUCGGUCAAUCUGCGCCAGCAGAACGUCAUCAGAGUGAUCAAGCCGGCGCCGCUCAACAACGUUGUCAUCAGAAACAACCUCACGUCGCCGACCAACAGAUAUGAAAUGGAGCGUUAUCAGCAUCUUCUCCGCGAGCAGAACUACCGUCUGCAGUUGCAGGAGCAGAUUCAAAACGGCCUGACCAACGGCCACCUGGUGCGAAACGGACCUUUCCGAAACUCGGUGGGAACCUCAGCCUCCCUCAACCGAACCUUUCCGCAGCCGCAACAACAGUCCCCGAGUCUGCAGCAACAGAUGAUGCGUCGCAGCUACUCGUUGAACGCAGAACAAGUGAAGGCGGCGCGCAAAAUGAAUGGGACGCCGACCUCUCCGAAGAGGGUCAGUUUCUCGACCCUGCCCUCUUCAAACGUGCAGAACAAAGUCAAUGGAAAUGGCACGCCGGUGCCCAGACAGAGCAGGCGUCCUGUGAGCAGCGAUUCCGUUUUCUUCCACAAACCGCUGCCCCCAGUACCAGAGGCGCGCACGUGGCUGCUCGGGGGCGGCCGUCGAACGGCCCCCAAGGCCCCCGAGUCCGAGUCUGGCAGUGAGGCCGGUGAGAUCCAGCGAAUCCUGUUCGCCAACCACCCGCGCCGAGGACCGUCCUACGUCAGCUUCAGAGAUGAUGAAUGGAGCGACGGAAAGCCGCGACUGCCCGGUGACCCCAACGCUCCGGCGGGCAGCAAAGAUGAGGACUUGAGAAGAGGCGGCAGUCGUGGCAGGCGCGACGACCCGCGCAGACACACCCUUGCUGGUGACCAACAGGGUGGCCCGGCGUCUGCCGCCCUGACCCGCAGCAUGGAUCUCGAAAUGGGCACAAAAUCACGAGGCAGCAAAAAGUCCUCCUCGUCCCUGCAACGAAACUACUACCAUCAGCAGGUGCCCCUUUCGAGUUCCAUGUUCGACGAUGACCCGGGCAUCAUGUCAGAGGUGGAAACCGCCUCCACCGGCUUUAGGAGGGGCGGCAAGCAGAGGUCAUCGCUGCCGGUGGUGCGGACGCCAUCCAAGACGCUUGAGAGACCACUAGGCCUGGUGUUCCUGCAGUACCGGAACGAGACGAAACGCGCCCUGCUGCCGAACGAGAUAACGAGCAUCGACACAGUGAAGGCGCUCUUUGUGCGCUCCUUCCCUAAGCAGCUCACAAUGGAGUACCUCGACUCGCCCAUGGUGAAAAUCUACAUCCACGACAGCUCCAAAGACAUGUUUUACGAGCUCGAAGACUUGAGGUACCCUCCAUCUCACAGGUCUCACCUGAGAGACAUCAGGGACAGGUCGGUGCUGCGCUUGUUUGAGAGUCCGGACAUCAACGGCGGGGCGAUGCCGGUGGGGUCGACGCCCCUGCCUGGGGGGCUGCCUGCCCACUCGUCACCCUCCAACUGGGACCAAGAUCAGUCCUACUUCAGCGAGCCCGAAUUCGAUAGCGAAUACCAACAUCAACAUAUCCACAAAUCAAAGGGGAGCAAAGGAAGCAGUUCUGCUUACUACCUGCAGCACUCGUUUCCACCGGGCCAGCAAGGUGCUGGAGGUUCCGCCACCUUGCCCAGAGGCGCACCUCCCGUAAUCAGGGCCUACUCGCCUGCGACCAAACCCGUCUCGCAAGCAGUUUUCUCGACGCCUUUAAGGCAGCAGCGAAUUUACCAGGAGAUUGGGCCGCGGGACCCCAUGCGGUCCCCGCCGAACCUGAGGUCGCCGACCUCGCCGGUUCAAAGACCCCAGUCGACCCCGCCCAGACCCCCUGAAAGAUGGGCGUACAGUAGAAGCAGAGAUUUGUACUCAGAUCUAAUGCAAUCAGAAUCGGGCUACAUGUCUUCGCCGGAGCGAGGCAGGCAGCCCUACUCCAACUACCCUGCGGCCGGGGCCUACGAAGACCCCUACUACGCCCAGUACGGUGCCAGGUCGGGGUCAAUCACCCCAGUCAUUGACGAGGAGGCCAGCGAUUCGGAUGAGCUGCUGAUGGAAGCGUACGGUAUCUAUGGUAACACCAAGGGAGGGUCGACCACCGUGGCUGCGGCAGCAGCCCGGAUACAACAACCUUCACCACGACCACCCUCUUUCCCUUCUGCCGCCAACAUGAUUAACUCACAAACUGGAGCAGCUCUUAUGCCAUACGACGCCACACGACUGCGUGUGGAGAACAUGGAACGGCAGUUGGCUAAUCUGACCGGUUUGGUGCAAAAAGCGCUGACCCAGGGUCCUCAGCCUAGUCCUACUUAUUUGCAAAUACCUAACCAGAGCCCCUACAGAAACGAUGACUAUGAUAAGCACUCGAGCUCAAGUUCAGCUUCAUUACCAGAUGAAAGUUAUUUACGUGCCGAAACCACCACACCAACCACCAAACCUCCCAAAUUAGGAAAAGACAAAUCUGUUUCGUUUGAAAAGUCCGUAUCAUUUAGUGACGAUCCCCCGGACAUGCUCAGCUCCCCCAAGCAGCAUACACCUCAGCACUCAGCGGAUACUAAACCAACGAAACCAGCCAUUAAAUCGUCAACCUUACCACGGAUGUCGUCACAAGACAGAGAUAGGCACAAACCAGCUCCACCGCCUAAGCCAAUGGCUUUGGCAACCCAUACUGGCCAAUAUGAUGCGGGUAGACAUCUCUAUAGAGCUGACCUGCAGCUCACCCCAGAGAUGUACAAUCAUUUAAGAGUCUUACAAAAGAAGGCCAAAGACCUGCGGCAGGAAGUGAGAAACCUGCGCAGAAUGUCCCAAGCACAGGCCCACAGUGUUCGCGAAACCAUCAGAGAUACUUUCAUUAAAAUUAGAGCGCUUUUGCUGACUGGCGGCGGAGACAGUUGGUUGGCUUCUGGAGAUACGGAAAAACUCAAGAUUAGCAGAGAGGAAGAGUUGUACAAGCAAGAAAUGAUCCGCCUCGAGAAGGAUUUGACUGAGUUGGAGAGCACGGUCGAGGAGCUGAGAGGAAACGUGAUAAACAAGAAGACGAGGGUGAACAUGUCUGACGUUGAAAACAUGGCCCUUGUUUUGAGCAAGUCAAGCAAAACUGUAGCAGAUUUGAAAGUACGCUUUCCCAACCUGCAGGACGGGAUGAAGUCACUUCUUUCAUCGGAAAUGGAGAAAGUUGUUAGAGAGGAAAAGUUUUUAAAGGAAGAGCCUGAGAGACUGGAAAGUGCGUUGAGGAGAUGUAAAAAGCUCACUGGAACUUUGGUCACACUGAAAAGACUGGCCUCAGUCCAGGAGCAGCGGCUGCCAAUCGGAGGAGUAAACAACGUGCCAGACCCUCAGAUGGCACGUCUGUCUCCAGACAAUCUGCUGGAAGACCAGCCGCCGCAGAGUGGAGCCAUUUCUCCGCAAAGUAAGUCUUCCGGUGACGGGUGUAGCACACCAUGCAGCUCAGCAUCCGCCACCAUUCCAGCGCGCGGUGUCCUGGCGCCAGCAGGAGGCCCCGGAGAAGCGACUAAACGUCAGGAGAACGCACUCGACACUCUGCUAGACGAGCUGCAGACGUUCGCGCGGCCCCCGUCCACCGAGCCGGUGGUGCCACCUGCCGCCUCCGGGGGCGGCACGCUGCGCCGCCUCCACUCGUACCCGAGCGGCUCUGACUCGUCGUCGCCCGUCCGCAGCUCGAGGGUCGACGACAAGCCGCCCAGUCUGCCCGAGCGCAGCAAAGUGCCGCCCCCGCCGCCCCCACGCACCAGUUCCAAGUCGCCGCUGGUGUCGCCGACGAGUCCGCCCCGCCUGCAGCCCCGCGGCCAAAACCUGCCCCCGGCCGGCGGCACCCUGCGCCGCAAAAAGGCGGCCGACCCGCCCCCGGAGGACGGGCAGCCCGCCCCCGCCGCCUCCAACAGCUCCAGCAGCGAGUCCAUCAACUCCCAGGAGGGGCUGAAGAACUCGGAAGCCCUCGAGCAGCGCCACCAGGAGCUGCUGCGGCGGCAGAAGCAACUGCAGGAGCAGUACGCCCGCCUCCAGCAGCUGCAGCGCAACGUCCGCCUCCCGACCGCCCCCGAGCUCAAGAAGACCGGCAGCGAGAGCAACCUCCUCCGAGGUCUCAACCUGAGCGCCGCCCCCACCUCGGGCUCGCUCACCCACCUGGCACCUGCUUCGAUGGCCCCCAUCAACAUCGUCCCGCCGCCUCCGCCGGCCUCCGACAGACCGGCCGCUCCCGCCCCCACCGCCAACAAGGUCUACGAGACGGACAUUCUUUAGUUCUCGAGUUCAUUCACACACCAUGCACUUAAUUAUAUAUUAAUACUUGCAUUACUUAGUCAAUUAUUUGUUGUU